ACUGGUCGGGUUUCAUUACGAUCCCUGUCGUGCAGGACCUCGGCCCCUCCAUCCCGCAGUCCAGCAUGACAGUCACACGGUGGCGCUAGAUGAACUCACUCUCAAGCACCUGGCUGAAGACUGCUCGUCUGUCAAGUCCCAGCUGCUCAAACUCAAGAGUAUGCUGCAGAUGGAUGAUGGCGAGAUUUCUCCAGAGAGUUUGGAUUCCAGCGAAGAUGACAGCAGAGCCCAGCAGAUGGAGGAGCUGAUGAAGGAGGUGGCACAUCUCAGGGAAGAGCUGAAAAAUAAAGAUCAAAUCAUCACACGGCUCACUCAUCAACAGCAUCAACAAUCUCCAGUGAGAUGUCCGUGUCAUCAGCAGAAGUCAGGGGUCAAAGGUGAGAGAAGAACUCAUCAUGAUAAAUCCACUCAGACGGUGUGGCGACCGCCCCAUCAUCACCCCGCUCCUCAAAUACUUCAGCCCAUCAGUCGCAUCCCCAAAGAGCCCCUCAUCCAGGGAAAACUAGCAAGAACAGUCCAAAUCGGGGGCCACAAUGAUGCCUGCACCGAAGAGGAAUGGCCUCUUACGUCCUGUCCUCCAGCCCCCUGCACAGAUCCAAUUCUUCCUCCUGAUAAAGACCCUCACGUGGAGUUGAAAUCUUUGCCUGACCCAGAAGAGCUGAGCCGGUUGCUUAGCACCCACCUUCACAUACAAGACAACAAUGAGAAUGACUCACCAGAGGCGGGAGAACAGAUUGUGAGAUUGACCCCUGAAAGCCAUCAAAGCAAACUCCUGCAAACCCCUCACCCCUCGUCCUCCUUCAGCCCGCGCGUCCUGCAGCCUCCACGUCUACACAGACGGGUAAAACUCCCUGCUCUGUCUAUAGGAGGCGGUAGUGGUCCAAAACCCAAUCUUCCUCCACCUCCGUCCAGAGGUUUGCCAUGCUUCAGUGCAGGGAACCACGUCAUUACUCGCGGCCGGCCAGCAGUAGUCAGGAGUGAGGCUGACCCACAACGCAAUGCUUCGGUACCGCUCGGUGUCUCCACACGACUUGCAAAGCCAAAGACUCACUGAGCGUUAGCUGCAGCCAUAGACACUGAUAAGGCUACCUCUCUGAAUGCAUGAUCACACAUGCGGCUUGCACUAGAUGGUGGUGUUAGUGGCUAGACAACGUUUCAAGCUAAACAAAGCAGCUAAGCUAUCUCAUCUAACUAUGCAACAAAAAGUAGUCACAAUCAGGACAUCUGUCCCACAAAACCACUCUAUCACUUCGAACUAAAAGUCAUUGAUCAUAAUCCUUAACCACUAAGAAACUUUUACCAUUCACAAUUACAUCAUCCAUAAAAACUGAGCUUCUAAUGGACUGAUAAACUGAACGAAAGAUUGAGAUUCAGUCUGAAUGAGAAGGCAAAAGUAGAGAAAAUGAGAACUGGAAAGCACUAAAGAAGUUUUUUUUACUGAUACACAACAAACGUCAAAGACGUGAGUGCUGUGCCAUAGACUUCCUGUGGAGAUUAUUCAAGACCCUCAGUUUGUGGCUAUUUCCUCAAGCGGUGUGCCCUCAGGGCGCCAACUCAUUUAGUGGGCGAAUCUGACGUUUACAUCACCAACCUCCUGAGGUUUAACUGCGAAAACGCAUAUUGUUGUCUACGCAGCCUCACGGAUAUUGGCUUAAAGAGAGAGAGUCAUGUGACCCAAGUCUCCUCUCCAGUUUCCACAGGAAAACUUCUCAGUCUGAUGUGAUUUGAUCUGUUUGUGUAUUACUUUAUGCAUCAUUUCACCUCCUUGUCUGAAUUCACCACAUAAACACGAAGAAAACAGUGCAAGCUAAAAUAUCAGUUUCAGCGUUCUCAUUCCUAUGUCCUGUUUUUCAGAGCAACAAAGUCUCCUUGACCUGUAGACACAGUGUUUUGGCAGGAGGGCGCACACGCCGCUGUCAGUGCUUCCUUUAUUUUCACCUUGGCUUCAGUCAUAAUCAGCAGAUUUUCAUUUUAAUUAAGCUUAUGCCUCAUGUAUUAACAAGGUCCUUUUUCUUGAUUAUGGAUUAUGGCAUGCUAAAAGAUUUUUUCACCCCCCAUUAGUUCCAUACUAAAUUGUUACAAGACUUUUAAAUUAUUUAUACAUUAUAAAGAUGUUUACAAUUAAAAUGCCUUGAUAAAGCCAUUCAGUCUGUUCCAGUACUGCAGGAAAUUUUGAGGCAGAAAUACUCUUGCAGUGGAACUUUAAAUGUAUAUUUUUUUAAUUUGUGAAAAAGAUUUUUGUCUUGAUGUUGCACUAACUUAUUUUUGGCUCUGCAAGCAAUGAUACUUUUAAAAAAAAAAAACAAUUUACUUUGUUGUAAAGUUAGAUUGAUUUGAUAAGGAUGCUUUUGUCCACAGUAGGUGUUUUCCAAGGAAGAUGGUUUUCGGUUUGGUUUCCUUAGGGAAGGUCAGAUUACAUAAAUGUGUCUCAGAAGGUUGAUAAGAUUGUCAAGUUUUUGCGCUUUUGGCAUGCCUUCAUACAUAAUGCUCACAGUAAUACACAAAUAUACAAGAAGAUCCACUGCAUGGAAGCACAUGGACUUGUCCAUACUAUGAUUUUUAAAUAUGCAAGAACCCACCUUCUGUGUGUUUACAGUAUGUGCAAUAUAUGUAUCAGAGUGUAUAUACGUAUCAGUAUAUAUACCCUUAACCUUCAAUGUGGAUGUUUAUUCUAAAGCAAAAGUGAUUUACCUCCAUUUUCCCACCAUACGUGGGGCAUUGGGUAUUGAAGCAUGCUCUCACAUGGGGCACAUAGUUCUAGACGCACCCUAAGCAGCGAUGGGCAGCCAUGUCUAAAACCAACUAAAGUAAAUCAAUAGAAGAAGGAUAUUUGUGUGUUUGUUUCUCUCUCACCCAGCUCUGUGGUUAUACUAAGCAGAAAAUCAAUGGAGGGCUUGUUUUGUAAUUCUCUGAAGGCACUUUGUUUUUAUUUCUCUCUUUCUUUGUCACUAUACGUGUUCAGGAGGAGAGGUCCCACUUAAUACAUUGUCUUCUUGCUAAUGCAAAGUCACAGAAGUACAUUGAUCCUUUCUGCUGUGGUCAGAGGUGAAUCGCUCGUGUCAAUGAGGUGUCUGUUUACAGAUAGGAGCAUCUUCUCUUUCAUUUGCCUCCAAACAAAUGAGGAGAGACCGAAAAAAAAUUGUAGAAUUAAAGGGAUGGCUCACUCAAAAGUCCCUUAUGUCGUUCCUAAGUAUAACUGCUUUCUUCUGUGGAACACAAAAGAAGGUUUCUUUAAAAAUCAUCCUUGUGUUCCACUGAAAAAAAGAGAAAGAGUUACAGGUUUGUAAUAACAUUUUCAUUUUUGGAUAAACGGAGAUGCAAAAACUGCAUUGUUUCAGGAAUAUCUGCAAACUGAAAGAUGCUAUUUCCUUAAACAAAUCACCAUUGAGGAGCUGCAGUAAAAAAAAAAAAAAAAAAAAAACCCUGAUCAAACCUCGUUGCCUGCACCAUAAUACUAGGUAUUAGAUAUCCAAAUUGCUAAAAUAAAUGCACCCAUACAAAGAAUUUGUGAUGUUGUGUAAAAUAUGUUUAUGACUUGCUGCCCAUGUGUGUAUGCCUUCCUCUGGAUUCUUUUCACCUGGUCGAUUCUUUGAUAGCAUGAAGAUGUCUGGAACAAUAAGCACUUGCCGUGAACUCUUUAAAAAAAAAAAAAAUCUCCCAUUUUUUUUCCUUCCAUAUAGUUCAUGUCUUGCAAUAUUUUUCACCUGUUGUGACCCGAGAGUAUGCGGCAUUGUCAGAAUGCUACCAUUGCUCCGUUAUAGCUUCAUGAAAACAACAGUUGCCAACCUGUUUGUAUGGACAGAAGAGAUGUUUACUAACAGAGAAAUGUAUUCAAGCACUUUAAAUGACCCGUUUCAGCCUCCACUCUGGAGAGACUGGCAUUUUUGACCUGAUACGUUUGAUUUGCUGUCAAUUUAUUGUGUGCAACUAUUAUUUGGCUGUUUGUCUUGUUCUGAUGUUCUGUCCCUGUGUGCCCUGGUCCAGUGGAAGGUGUGAGACUUUAAUAAAGUGAAGAAAUAUCACA